UAAAUUCCACCCUGGUGUAGAAUAGUGUCAUCUUCGAACUUAAUAGAAAAAUCGUGUCUUAUUUUUAGAAGUUUUAAGUCAACACAUACCAUUUACGUUGUUAAACGGGGCCGUUAAGGUGUAGAAACGAUAAUAACAAAACUCUGCAAUCUUGAAUGCCUCCCAAAUUUGACUGUAGCAACGGAAGCACUUUCCCUACAGCCCGGAUGCUAAGCCUUCAACAAAAAGAACCAAGGAACAAUAAGGAAGAAAGUGCCCAUAACCGGGUUUAAAGACAGCAACGCCCUGGCUCCUAUAUCAUCGUAGAAACUAAACCACAUUUGCAACUUCUGUAUUUUUGGUAUUUUGGUCUGCUAGCAAACGGAAAACGAAAUAGGAUCGGGCAUCAUCAAGCACCAGGAAAGAAGAACUUUGCCUGCAUGUGAAAGCACAAGUCUUUUCAGCCAACAAUGGCCAACAAUGCAGAGGAUAUUGAGAACAAUAUGGCGAACGAGGCUCCGCAGCCCUCGGAGCCUGAGGUGACUGGGGUGAGGUCCAGAGGAGGAGGGGCGGGAGGAGGAGGGGGGUCGACAGAACAGAACGGCCAGCCCCCCGCCGCACGCCCCCCCCCGCAGGUGGUGGAGAACGACGAAGACGAGGACGAGGAGCUGACGCUGAAGUACGGGGCCAAGCACGUCAUCAUGCUGUUCGUCCCCGUCACGCUCUGCAUGGUGGUGGUCGUGGCGACCAUCAAGUCCGUCAGCUUCUACACGCAGAACGACGGCCAGAGACUCAUCUACACCCCCUUCCCUGAGGACACAGAAACGGUGGGCCAGCGGGCCCUCAACUCGGUCCUGAACGCCACCAUCAUGAUCAGCGUCAUCAUAGUGAUGACCAUGGUGCUGGUACUGCUCUACAAGUACCGCUGCUACAAGGUGAUCCAGGGCUGGCUCUUCCUGUCCUCCCUGCUCUUGCUGUUCUUCUUCUCCUAUAUCUACCUCAAGGAGGUGUUCAAGACGUACAACGUGGCGAUGGACUACAUCACGCUGGCCGUGCUCAUCUGGAACUUCGGUGUGGUGGGCAUGAUCUGCAUCCACUGGCAGGGCCCCCUGCGGCUGCAGCAGGCCUACCUCAUCAUGAUCAGCGCCCUCAUGGCCCUCGUCUUCAUCAAGUACCUGCCUGAGUGGACCGCCUGGCUCAUCCUCGCUGUCAUCUCCGUCUAUGACCUGCUGGCGGUGCUGUGUCCUAAAGGGCCUCUCAGGAUCUUGGUGGAGACGGCCCAGGAGAGGAACGAGCCCAUCUUCCCAGCCCUCAUCUACUCCUCGACCAUGGUGUGGCUGGUCAACAUGGCCGACACCGACAGACCCAGGAAGAACUCGGGUUCCGCCUCUCAGCCUGAGAGCCAGGCCUCAGCCACAACCCCAGCCCCAACCCCAGUCCCUGCCGCAACCCCAGCCCCAACCCCGGCCUCAGCCCUUGCCAGUCCCUCUGAGGAUGAUGGUGGCUUCACCUCCAACUGGGUGGGCCAACAGGAGCACCAGCUGGGCCCGCUCCAGUCCACUGAAGACACCAGGAGAGAGGUCCAGGAGCUGCCCUCCGCCCGCCCCCCCAUCGACGACGACGACGAGGAGAGGGGUGUGAAGCUGGGCCUGGGAGACUUCAUCUUCUACAGCAUGCUGGUGGGCAAGGCCUCAGCCGCGGCCAGCGGAGACUGGAACACCACGCUGGCCUGCUUCGUGGCCAUCCUCAUCGGCCUGUGCCUAACCCUGCUCCUCCUGGCCAUCUUCAAGAAGGCCCUGCCCGCCCUGCCCAUCUCCAUCUUCUUCGGCCUGGUCUUCUACUUCGCCACGGACAAUCUGGUGCGGCCCUUCAUGGACCAGCUGGCCCUCCACCAGUUCUACAUCUAGCAGGAGAUCUCUUAGGAUCUCCUAAGAGAUACCCCCCCCCCCCCCACACACACACACGCACGCUCAGGCCACACACACCAGAGCACCCCCCCCCCCCCCCCCCCCCUCUGACACUCCCGGGUCAAAGGACAAUGUAGGGGGCUCAUCCAGCCCCCCUCUGAUGAAGUCAUGGACCAGAGCUGUUCUCGUUAGUUCUGUCUGUAUCUGGGCUUGGAGUGGGCCCCAGCCUGCCCCUCCUCCAUCCUCACGGCAACUGUUGUGCUUAACCAUGAUGAUUGAUUUUUUUUUAUUUGUAUUUUGGAUCUCGAGUGAUGAGUUUAUCCUCUGAAAGGGAGGGGUACUGCAACACAGAGUUGUCGUGGCAAUGGUCCUUGGCACAUUUCAGAGACAGACACCGAAAUCACUUCUCACCCGACGAGCGCCCUCCCACCACCGCUCCCCCCUCCGAGAGGAAGUCCGAAUCAACACUAUGUUUAAGCCUUCGAAACGCAUACGGACUUUAAUGUGACGUGAUGUAUUCUAUGAUGAGGAUGAUGAUGAUGAUGAUACUGGUUAAUGUGUUUGAAUUGUGUUUGAAAUGUCAGUAGAGAGAGUGAGCUUGCUUCGUCUAGCUUUCUAAGAACCGAGUCUUUUCAGUCACGGAUGCUCAACGUGAAUCUGAAGCCCUGUGAACAUGUCAUCAUGGACUCCCACUACGGUUUGUGCUAAACUCGAUGCUUUGAAGCGAUUUGUGGGUCGGAGGAAAUGAUAGUUCUGUAGAUCAUCUGUCCUUCUCUGGGGCAGUGUCAGAGCACCACACCCGCUUCAUAAUCAUCUUUCUGCUGCACACCAUGAGCUUUUGUACUGGCGAGAAACGCAGAGGUGAAACUUGCUGAAUUGGGUUUCAUGAGAAUGACUCACUUUUCCUGGCUGCUCUAAAUAGAGAGUAUCCUGUCUGGCAAGAAGAGACUAGCUGCGCCAAUUAACUCUUUAUUAUUGCACUCUUUGGAUGGCUUAGUGUCCACUCUGUCGAGGAGGGAAACGACACUGUUCUGAGCCUGUUUCUGCUUUUCUGUUAAAAUAUGUUGAGUGACUGACCUUUCUUCACCCCUCACAUGCAUAUGUGCAUUAUGCAAAGUUAUUGAUUUGAAAUAUCUUUCUUUUUUUUAUAAAUAAAGAAUUAAACAGG